GUGUAUGCAAAAUCAAGAGCAGUGGGAGCGGAUGCAAAACAAAAGAAAAGACAUGGAAAACAGAGCAUGCAAGAUGCAGAGAGGAGAACCGAACCGAAAUUCCUAGCUAGCCCAAACGGGAAGAUCGCGGGCGGCUCUGUAGGAGACAGUGGAAUCCAAAACUGCAACAGAGGCCUGAAGAAGCAAAUGCAAAACCAGCUAGCAAAGGAUAUCUGGGAUCUUGCAAAACAGUUGGGGGCAGUGGCAGAGGAUGACAAGGAGAUAAUUCAAAGAAUUGAGGAGAUGGAGAAUAGAGAUAGCCGAGCAAAGUCGGUUAUGGAAAAUCACGACUCUGGGAGUGAGAAGAAGUGUUUGGUCUCUAGUAGAAAUGGAAAUUGGUGCCUUGCAGGUGACUUUAACGCCGUAAGAAGUAUAGAGGAAAGAGCAGGUUGUAGGGGGAUGUCUGCAGAAAUGAGGGAAUUUGAUGAAUUCAUACACAGUGCUGAUCUGAUUGACUUACCGUUAGUGGGUAGGAAGUAUACUUGGUAUGAUUCCAAUGGUCAAUAUAUGAGUAGAAUUGAUAGAUUCUUGAUUUCGGAAGGAUGGCUCUCAAACUGGGGUGAUGUGAAACAAUGGGGCCUGCGGAGAUCAGUGUCUGACCACUGCCCGGUCCUCUUGAAGGAUGAGAAGAUCGAUUGGGGCCCAAAACCAUUUAAAUUUUUUGAUGCAUGGCUGGAGCAACCCGGAUGCAAAGAAACGAUCAGAAAAGCUUGGAAUUCUAGUGAAGUAUAUGGGGGGAACGGAUUCAAGCUGAAGGAGAAACUGAAAAUAACUAAGAAGGCACUAAAGGAGUGGAGUAGCAAUUCAAUAGCAGAUGUGGAUAGCAAAAUCAUGGAAUCGGAAAAGAUGAUAGCAGUAAUUGAUGAACAAGGAGAGAGAUCCAUGUUGAGCAACAGCGAUGUUGAAAAAAGGAGAUAUUGCUUUCUUUAUCUAUGGAAGCUCCUAAGAAUCAAUGAGAGAAUGUGGCAGCAAAAGUCAAGAAUGUUGUGGUUGAAAGAAGGGGAUGCGAACACAAAGUUCUUCCAUAGGUGUGUGAAAGGAAGAAACAGAAGAAACGAAAUCAAUUGCAUCCAGAUAAGUGGGGAACAGCACACUGGGGCAAAAGAAAUAAAAAAAGAAGUUGCCAAGUACUUCGAAGACCUGUUCACAGAAGAGAAAUGGAAAAGGCCAAAGCUUGAGGGGAUCAUCUUCAAACAGAUUUCAGGGGCUGAUAAUGAAACCCUCACGACCCCAUUUGCAGAAAAAGAAAUCAAAGAAGCAAUCUGGGAGUGCGGAUCUUCAAAAGCCCCAGGUCCAGACGGAUUCAAUUUCAGAUUUAUUAAGGAGAUGUGGGAGGACAUCAAAGUUGAUAUCAUUAAUUUUGUACAAGAAUUCUAUAAGACUGGAAGAACUGCUAGAGGAUCAAAUGCAUCCUUCAUUGUCAUGAUUCCAAAGGUCGAGAAUCCACAAAAAAUAGAAGAAUAUAGACCCAUCUCACUCAUUAGAGUCAUGUACAAAAUUAUUGCAAAAUUACUUGCAAAUCGCCUACGGAAAGUGCUUCCAAAGAUCAUUGGGGAGCAACAUAUGGCAUUUAUCGGGGGCAAACAGCUAGUGGACGGAGUUGUGAUAGCAAAUGAAGUCAUUGAAGAGAUCAAGAGGAAGAAGAUGAAAAACUUCCUAUUCAAAGUUGAUUUCGAGAAAGCUUAUGACAAGGUCUGCUGGGACUUCAUCGAGUACAUGAUGAUGAGAAUGGGAUUUAAUGAUAUCUGGAGAAAAUGGAUAUGGGAAUGUCUAGCAUCAAGCUCGGUGUCGAUUCUCAUUAAUGGAAGCCCAACAAAUCAAUUCCCGGUCAGCAAAGGUUUAAGACAAGGAGACCCGCUAUCCCCUUUCCUAUUCUUAAUUGUGGCAGAAGGACUUAAUGGGCUAAUGUCCUCAGCAGUGGAGAAACAACUAUACAAAGGCGUGGUGAUUGGUAACGAAGGAAUCGCGGUCUCAGACCUACAAUUUGCGGAUGAUACUAUCUUCUUUGGAGAGGCAUCGAAAGACGACAUUGGGGUUAUUAAAAGCAUAAUGAGAACAUUUGAGUUGAGUUCUGGUCUUAAAAUCAAUUUUGGCAAGAGCCAACUAAUGGGGGAAGAUGAAGACUCUACACACCUGUUCUUAAACUGCAGAACAACCAGAUGGGUGUGGCAAGAGUGCGCUAAAUGGUGGGGGAUCGAGAUUCUAUUGGAGAAGGACUGCUGGAAAUCUUUUCAACUAUUUGGGAAAGGGAGCAAAGACCCACGGCUAAGGGAAGGCUGGGACUGCAUUUGGAGCAAUGUAAUCUGGGCAGUGUGGCUUGUUCGAAAUCAAAGAAUUUUCCAAGACAAAAAAAUUGACUGGGGAAAGCUGCUGGAAACUAUACAAUUGAGAUCCUAUCAAUGGGUCACUGCAAAAUGGGACAGGUAUGCUUUUACCCUCUCAGAUUGGCUAAUUAACCUAGUAGAAUGUCUUAAAGGCAUCCAUGCUGCUCUUGACUAUAGUCUACUCCUUAAUGGAUUGAGUGCGUUAAGUAGAUGUAGUCAAUGCAUGCUCAAUGAUAUGAUUGCCAGUGGACUUCAAUAUUGGGAAGAUUUUUGUUGUUAUGAACAGGGAGCUAUGAAGAAGUGUGUUUACGAGGAGGAUCAGUUUGUCCAUCUCCAGCUCUCGAGGGAAGCAAAUUUUCUUGAUGAGCCCUCUGGUUUUCUCCGAUACCCAAGAAUUGAUUUCAUCUGCAAACUCCUUGCUCUUGUUAAAAAAAUCAAGGGGUUUUGGUUCAAUCUGAUAAACCCUACUGAGAAUUUCACGAAAGGAAUCCCUAACGGUGCAAACCUGACUGACCCAGAAACCGUUGCCGACAUGCAUAGCCUUCGUUCAUAGGAUCAUUAAGAAAAGGUAAAGCAACACCCCUCCCACAUUCCUUUGAUCCAAUGAAAUGAUUUCAAUUGC